CACUGCCAUUGCCAGUCUGCCCUGCCACUGCGGGCUGCUCUCCUCAGUCCUCUUACAGACAGCUCAGCUCCCUCCUCACAUUCGGCUCACUGUCGCCUGUGGCUGCACGGCACAGCUGCUGAGAUCAAUUUCCUACGUACCACAGCUACUUUGUUCCCCCCGCCUCGAGUGUAGCAACUAUCCGCUGCAGGCAGCCAGGAGGGAACCCGACAGAUCCGCCCAUAUCAUCCUAUCAUCAAUCUUGCCUGUUAAAGGGGGUCUCUUCUAAACAAUCUCCAAACAUGGAGUCGAUCAAGGCAGUGUUCUUCGGCCCAGACCCGCAAGUCCAGAUGCGAAAAUGCAACCAGCUUAUCCGGCAAAACACUCGACAAUUAGACCGCGACAUCGCCCAACUCAAAUCCCUCGACUCGAAGACCCGACAGUUUAUCGUAAGUGCGUCCCGUCGCGCACAGAAAAACCCGUCCCAGGCGAAACAAGCAACCGCCGAAACCAAGACUUUUGCCCGUGAAUUACUACGCAUCCGCAAACAAACUACUCGCCUGACAACAAGUCGAGCGCAACUACAGAGUGUUCAAAUGCAGGUGAAUGAGGCCUUCUCGGUCCGAAAGAUCCAGGGCAGUCUGAAAAAAUCGACUGGCAUUAUGAAAGAUGUGAAUACCCUAGUCCGCCUGCCGGAGCUCAACAGCACAAUGCGUCAAUUGUCCACAGAGCUCGUUCGGGCUGGAAUCAUCGAGGAAAUUGUUGACGAGACGCUGCCUAAUGACGAACUCCUGGAAGACGAAUUAGACGAGGCCGAUGCAGAGGUUGACAAAGUUCUACAGGAGGUCUUACAGGGAAGACUCUCCAAGGUCGAACCUGUGCAGGCCGAACCAUCCGUGGAAGAGGCAGCCCCUGUAGAAGCGGAGUUCGAGGACCAAGAAGCUACGCUGGCUCAAAUGCGAGGUCGGCUGGAGGCAUUGAAGAGCUGAUAGCGAGUAUAUACACAUUCAUAUAGCUACUGAUAGGCGUUUUUAUUUUCUCUGCGGGAUUUGGGUGAGAUGGCGUGAUACCUGGAGUUGUUUGUUUUAUAAUGAACUGCAUGCAUGUCAUGAGCAAUUUAUUAUUAUGAAUCUGGAUGGUCGCGCUGGAUUUCUACGAGUUCCUCGAGCAGAUCCAAGUCCGUAGUUGUCCGCCAUUUUUCCAGCCCAGCGCUGUCUUGAGCAACCUACACCAUAAACUCGACAAAUCAAAUAAAAAGGACAAAUAAGAUGCAGAACAGUAUUACCUCUGCUGUUAUUCUGCUGGAAGUAAUACCA